AAAUGCACAGCAAAUUCAAUGAGUCCUCAAGUAACUGGACAUGCGCAGUGAAUGAAGGUCAUGCAUUUUCCGAGUCUCAUGCCGUGUCCGGAAUGGGCUUCCAGAUCGCUACGGCUAGGUCUAUUGUCUACGCGUCUCCACGCAUUUCCAAUGGAAUGAAGACCUAGACCUAACUCUAGACAAGAGAUUAAGAUGCAGUCUCAUAGAGUGUUUCCAGUGGCGGCUCUGUAACUAGCUGUUGUAUAGAAUGUCUGUCAAAGCAGGACUUUUAAAGCGAUUGAGCCAUGGAGGGCGAGUCAUCUGCGCUGAGGGAUACCUGUUUGUGUUUGAGCGUCGUGGGUACCUCAAGGCAGGUGCCUUUGUUCCAGAGGUUGUCCUAGAACACCCAGAGCUUGUCCGUCAGCAGUACCGGGAGUUUGUUCAUGCCGGGAGUGAUGUAGUCCUUGCCUUCACGUAUUACGCUCAUCGUGAGAAGCUGGCUUGUAUCGGCCGGGAAGGGGACCUUGAGCGGAUUAACCGACAGGCAUUACGUAUCGCCAGAGAAGUGGCCGACGAAACCGGUUCGCUCAUGGCAGGAAACAUCUGCAAUACCACGGUAUUCGACCAGGACGAUCCCGACUGCGUGUCAAAAAUUGACGCCAUGUUUAAAGAGCAAGUGGAGUGGGCGGUGCAGGAGGGCGCUGAUUACAUCGUGGGCGAGUCGUUCGGGAGUUUAGGGGAGGCUAUGAUUGCCCUGAAAGCAAUCAAGAAAUAUGGCCAAGGCCUCCCCGCCGUCAUCACUAUGUGCUUCUACCAAACUGUGGUUGACGGUAAAGUGUGCACCUUGGACGGCGUGGAGAUGUGCUCUGCUUUCCAGCAGUUGGAGGAAGCGGAAGCCGAUGUUCUGGGCCUCAAUUGUGCCCGAGGGCCUGAAACCACGGUACCUCUGCUGAAAGAGAUUAGGAAAGUACUGAAGGUUCCAGUAGCCGCCCUACCGGUCGUUUAUCGGACCACCGAGGCAGCCCCUAAUAUGCAAGCACUGAAGGAUCCAUUAACAGGUGCGAGACUCUUCCCGACCAACUUGGACUGCGCCGCCUGCUCUCGAGACGACAUAGUGGCCUUUGGUAACCAGUGUCUCCAGCUAGGCAUUCAGUAUGUCGGUCUGUGUUGCGGCAACGCCCCACACUACACGCGUACUCUCAGCGAGACCUUGGGUCGGCAGCCCUCAGCCUCCAAGUUCAGCCCUGACAUGACGCAGCAUUUUGUUUAUGGCGAUGCAGACAAGGUGCGCAAGUACAACCAGGUGCUGGUCAAGAGUGGUCUGGAGUGAAAAUAUUGACCAGUGUGUGGUGCUUUGGUACGGGAGGGCUUUUGACUGUGGUGAGAGGAAUAAGGAUUUGAAUAGUGCGAUCCAUGUGACAUUUAUGGAGAAUACUGUAAAACAUUUUUGUCACCAGGGCUUCCAAUCCGCGAUUCGGACUGGUGGAAUCAUUUUAUUAGUAACUGUAAGACAGAGGGACUUCUAUCUAACAUUUUCUUCUUUGGCGUCUGUCUGAGCAAUCAGGAAGGGCCUACACUUCUUUCGAUUCAUCCAAACAGUCAUGGUCAUACAAUUACUGGGACUUGGAAACUGGAAGGCAAGUUGUGCGUGGCCCCACAACAGUUUAUUUUGAUAUUCGGGGCAUCACGGAUUUUGCGGGAAAGUAAUUUUAACAGUAUUUCUUACUAAUGCAUCCAGGUUUUCGUAUUAGUGUUUAACAAACUGAAGUGCAAACAGUGUACAUGCACAUGUAUUUAGAAUUAUCCAAACGACUUCAUUAUAUGACUGCCACUGUAUAUAUUGUAGUCACGUCCAAUUUGUUGUUUUAACCUGCCAGCAGUUUAAGUAGGACAUUACAUCACUAUAAUAUUAAGCCUAUAUCCAUCAUCAAAUUGAUGUUGUGAUGAAUCAUUUGCUGGUCUGUUGUCAGAAGAAGACUGCAGAGGGAACGUCAGAUAAAAGGAGCCUUUGUUUCAAUAGCAAUAUCGAUAUGGAAGUCUUCUAGAAAAAAUAACAAUAUCCAUAACAUACCUCUUGCUGGUUCGUUAUCCUGAUUGGUUAAAUGUGCACCAAGACAUUACGCGCUCUAAUUCCAGUGUCUACGGUCAGACCGAGGUAUUCAAAAGUAUUGACGAAAACAGUGACCAACACACUCAAAAACUGAAUCUAAGGAAACUAAACCCAUUCCUUUCAUGAUUGGAUUACUUGUUGAGUUACUGGUCGAUUUUAUGGUUGAAUAUGAAGAACUCUUAACAGUUUCUGUUCUUAUUUUACUUUUUAGACAGAGAUGUGUUAUGAAACUCAUAUUGACUGGCAUAAUCAGGUCAGUAGUGCACGUCCAUCCCCGGGGGCUGUGAGUGGCCAAAAGAGUGUUCUGUUUUCCUUGGCCUCGGAAGAUAGAGCCGUCUUCUGAUUACUGACUGUCCCUUUGGGUGCAAAAACGUUUACUAGCCCUAACCCCCCCAUGGGCGCAGAUCCAGGGGCUGGUUGGAGAUAUAGAGCCACCACAUUUUGACGUAAGCAAAAAAUCAAAGGGGAUUGUGACAAAUUUUUCAGACAUCCGACCACUAAAAUGCAUUCAUUAUCACUCAAAAUGAGAAAAUAAAGUCAUAAAUAUGCCAGUGUGAAUGCAUAAUACGUUCAGAUGUACAUCAAUAU